UUUGACCCCAUUUGUUUUGUUUUUCAUAUUUUUAAAAGGAAAGCUGUACACACACUUCAGACAGUUGACACCUUCCUUACAGUUAAGUCACGUUUCCUGCGUUGUGACCACCGUGUUGGGUGCGUGCCAACCACCGCAUCCACCGUUACCACCACCAUGCCCCUCCACAACAACCACCACCUCUACGCUUCUCUCCGUUCAACCCCUUCAUCUUCUUCUUCUUCCUCCUCCUCCUCUUCCCAUUCUUUCAUCUCCAAGAUCCUCCUCCUCCUCACUCUCCUCCCUGUCUCCUUGGCAGCCAUCGCGUUCAUCCUCCAAUGGCGCGGCGGCGUAACCGAUCCGACUACCCUCUCCUCCCCCGGUCGGUCCCACCAAUACUUCCCCGGCAUGGAGCCCUCUGCCCUCUCUCAUCUUUCUCACUCCCAAUCCCACUCUGACUGUGUCAAUCUUGGCCGCGUCAAUUCCCCUUCCUUCCCUUACUACCACAACUGGAAGCUCGACUUUGGAGCCUCUCUCACCCCCAAGAUCUGUGUUACGACAAGUACAUCUGCGGGGCUUGAGCAGAUUCUACCAUGGAUGUUUUAUCAUAAAAUCAUUGGUGUGACAAAUUUUUUCCUUUUCGUGGAGGGGAAGGCUGCUUCCCCUGAAGUAACAAAUGUCCUUGAAUCAAUUCCUGGUGUAAAGGUUAUAUAUAGAACAAAACAGCUGGAAGAGCAACAAGCUAAGAGCCGUAUUUGGAAUGAGACCUGGCUGGCAGGUUUCUUUUAUAAACCAUGCAAUUAUGAACUUUUUGUGAAGCAAUCUCUCAACAUGGAGAUGGCUAUUGUGAUGGCAAGGGAUUCUGGCAUGGACUGGAUUCUUCAUCUUGAUACAGAUGAAUUAAUACACCCUGCCGGUGCUCGGGAAUAUUCUUUAAGGCAGUUGCUGCUUGAUGUUCCAGCCCAUGUUGACAUGGUCAUAUUUCCUAACUAUGAGAGCAGUAUUGAGCGAGAUGAUAUCAAAGAACCUUUUAGUGAGGUAUCGAUGUUUAAGAAGAACUAUGAUCAUCUUCCAAAGGAUACAUACUUUGGAAUGUAUAAAGAUUCUGUACGUGGCAAUCCAAACUACUUCCUGACUUAUGGAAAUGGAAAAUCAGCUGCUCGGAUACAAGAUCAUCUUCGGCCUAAUGGUGCCCAUAGAUGGCAUAAUUAUAUGAAAACCCCAAAUGAAAUCAAAUUGGAAGAAGCUGCUGUUUUACAUUACACGUAUGCUAAAUUCUCAGACUUAACUUCUAGACGUGACCGCUGUGGUUGCAAACCUACAAAAGAAGAUGUCAAAAGAUGCUUCAUGUUAGAAUUUGACAGAUCUGCAUUUAUCAUUGCCUCAACUGCAACUGAAGAUGAAAUGCAGAAGUGGUAUAAUGAGCAUGUUGUGUGGGGUGAUAAAGACCUAAAGCUAAGACUUUUGAGGAAGGGAGUAUUGACUCGCAUAUAUUCUCCCAUGGUCAUAAUCCAAAGUUUAAGGGAAUCUGGAGUCUUCAGUUCUGUCAUAGCAUCAGCUCCAUCCCUUUCCAAAGAAAAUUUUCUGCUGUCAAUUGAUAGCAGUAAUUCAUCAAGAACCGCUGGCUCUGUAACCCUCUCCUCUAGAAAGGCUGGAAGAACCAAAGAAUCUCAAGCAGCUACAAGGAAAGUUUUGUCUAUUGAAUCUGCUGCAUUUCAUGAAGUGGCUGUGCCACCACUGUCUCCCCCUGGAGUAGAUGACAAUGAUCUAAUUUCACACAAUUGAUCUCUCUUUAAGCACCCUUCCAUUCAAGUAUCAUUACUAUCCUUCCUUUCAACGCCAUACUGAAAGAAUCUGCAGGGGAAGGAAGAACAACUUGGUUGGUUUUUCUGAUUAUCCGAGCUUUGAAUAUUUGUGGUGUUUGUUGCUGCUGUCCAAAUGCCGAUUGUUGAGUGUUGUCAGUGAAGUGGAUGGCCCUUGAUGAAAACAGUUAGAUACCUUAUUCAGUCAAUUUUUUGUAUAGAAACCUGAAUGCCAUUAAUAUGAAUUAUUUUUUAUGCCUU